AAAAUUUCGAAACUAUAUCAGGCACACGCUUGACCCAAAAAGUGUCCAACGGCCGGCAUCACAGACGACGAGGGCACCGUGUCAAAUUAUUGCAAAUUCUGUAGUCGGUCAGUGAGUACAGCCACGGUAUCAAACCGGCCGUCCGACAAAACAUCCUGCUCCGUUUAGCCGGGAAAUAGUCUUGGUUUGAAAGUUAUCGAGUUUUUGGGUUUUUUCUUGUGGAAGAAAACUUUGAUACGCAUUUUAUUUCUAUGUGAUAUGUGGACGUACAUAGGAAUAAUUUAAGUGCUAAAGUUAGAAAAAACAGAAUGAAUAAAUUCUUCUAUCAGAUAAAAUGGUAUCCAAGAAACAAAGGACCGAUACUGGUACUGCUGCUUUCCCUGAUGGUUACGUCGAAUCUGUCCAAAGAAAAAUCGUAUUCCAGGCAGAAACGUUUUCUCUGGAUAACAGAAGAUGGGAGGUUGGCUCUUCCCCCCGGUACCACUUUAGUGAUGACUCCGUCAUUGUCGCUUCCUUUCGUGAGGUAUCCUCCAGAUGGCUUCUUUUCGAACAUGACUAUCAGCCUUCCUUUCACGAUCGAUUUCAACAAACUGGGACUGACAGAUAAUGAGAACCCUUACGGCGUACUCCCCCCUCUCUUGGCCAGAUCAAUGGGUAGGGCAGCAGGCAACCUUCUUGGAGAUUACAUUGGGCGCUUUCUGCACCAUCGAAGGACCAAGCGGGGCUUGAAAGCAGACCCUCCAAAACUGCCUAGGGAACAUCAGAACACCUUUCAUGGGGGCGAGAGAGCCCUACUUUAUUUUCUAGUCGAAGAUUUCUUGGAAAAUUUCGGAAUGAACGGAAAAGCAUGUCUGCUGAGGGCUAUUUGCGAAGUUCAAGCAUAUCAGCUCAAUAAUUUGGGAUUGCUGGGGGAGAUGCUGAAACUAUUCUUGACGGCCAGUAAGUCACCGUUUGCAGAUAUACUAACAGAAUACGUCGAGGCGGAAAACAUUGGCAAGGGGAAGAUUGGUAGUCCAUCGGAAUGCUGGCCAUAUAUGAAAGAUUGCCCAAAAUCUCUAUUCGUCUCAUCUAGGCACAACUAUUACAGUGGAAACGAGGAGGACAACACGAUAACAGAAGAUUAUGAUAAAAACCAAAAGGUUACCUACAACCCAUCGCUCAAAAACAUGUAAUUUGCUCAAGAGGAAAGUCAGAGAAGAAGAAACAGGUGCAUGUGAUUAUCACUAAGUCAUAAAAAACAGGCAUAAAUGGAACAUGAAAUAAUCAAUGUACAUAUAAAUUUUACAAAUGUAGCAUCAAUUAGAUUCUAUUUCUGUAUUUAUCUAAUCAUAUAUUUAUUUAUGUGUGUAAAUAUUAUCUGUAUAUAUCUAUAUAUUUUUGUAAUUAGGAAAUAAUUGAAAAUUAUAAAUUCAUUGAUUAUUAUAUAAGUAAAAUUCAGAAAUUGAAAAAAUUGUAAUGAUUUAUUAUCCUUUGAUUUUUCAAUCAAAGAAACAUUUGAUAAGAAAUAUUAUAACCACUAUAUAUGCGUGAGGCAUGAAGUGAACUGCAAACUGCGGACAAGAUGAAGAAUAAUAAAGAUACCUCUAUAUAAUAAAAUAUG